AUGCUGAUAGGGCUCGUUCGGGACUCGGUGAUGCAGUGCUUCUGCCACUCAUGCCGCGCGCCUGUACUGCCGGCAGCCCACCGGCGUUCGGCGCCCGUUAAGAAACCAGUCGGCAAGCCCAGAACUAAGCAGCCCAAGAAAGUCAAAUUUAUCACUACUGAAAUUCGCUGCCAGGAGAUGUCGAAAGGUGGGCUGGCGUACGAGGUGAUCCUCGCGGAACCCGUGGGAGUGCCUGCGCCCCGCCGCGCCGACUCUCCUGAAAAGACUUCCUCGGUAGAGGAGAUACAAGAGAAGCUUAAAGCGGCUGAAGAGAGGAGACGUAGUCUCGAAGCGAGCAAGAUGGCGGCGAUCGCACAGAAAAUGGCGAAGAUCGAGGAGGCAUCGCGCAUUCGAAGCGAGCAGACUAACAAUUUCAUCUCCACCACGAAGGAGGCGUUGGAUGCGAAGAUGGACUCGCACGAGGAAAAACGUGAGGCUUACAUCAACGAGCUGCGUGCGAGGCUGAAGGAUCACCUCGAGGGUGUCGAGAAGACCAGGUUGUCCCUCGAGCAGCAGACGGCCGAGGUGUACAAGGCGAUCGAGGAGAAGAUGAACACAGCCGCCGACAAGCGUGACGAAAACAUCAAAAAGAUGCUUGAGCGCCUGCGAGAACAUGAGGAGCAAGUGCGCAAAGUGCGAAACGGAAACCAGGAGCGCUUCCAGCAGCUGGAGAGCGCCAUCCAGGACAAGCUGCAGCAGGCCGCCGAGCGACGCCUGCUGCUGGAGGCCGAGCAGAAGGAGAAGCUGCGCAACCACAACAAUAAGCUAGUGGAAGUGCGGUCGGUGAUUACGGCCAAAAUGGAGGAGAUCACGAAAGACAUCGAGACCAAACUGACUGCCGCCGAACAGAACAGGGAAAAGGAGAUGCAGAAGAAAUUGGACUUUGUUAAAAAGGAGGAGCGGCGCGCUGAACUGGUCCGGCAGAACAAGAGCGCCCGCGCGGAGUGCGAGCCGGCGCCCACCGCCGAGUAG